AGUCCGAAGCAAGGAGGAGGGGAUGUCGAUAUGGGGUGCUCCUGUUUGAUGAGGGAUGUGAUGCUUAUAAAGAACAGCAUGAGAGCUUAAAAGGUUGACGCAAAAUGCAGGUAUUCACGAUUCUAUAGAGACACGUGAUAAUCCCUUUUGCCCAAUGUAGCUUCCCAUCGGUUAUUAGACAAAAGUUUAACUACCGUAUCCAUUACAUACGGAAAUCGACGACUUAUCGUCUAAUAAUUCCCCUUUUAUUAAGUCUUACAUUCAUCGGUUUUGCUACAGGAAAAUAAUCAUCUCGACUUCUCGAAAUAUAUUAUGCCAGCUACAAAUAGGCUAGCCUAUCCCCAUCUGUCACUUCAUAUGGAAUGAUUUAAUGCCAUCAAUUGAUAACAUGGCUGCAUCAUGGGAGAUAUCUUGCAAAUAGUAAAUGAAGACUCGGAGCAUGAAGUUGUAAGCUCUCUAUUUUCAUAUUAUCACUCCCCCGUACCAAUUUCUUACGUUUUUCAUUAAUCACCUCCGAUUUGCUUGAUAAUCAUCCCUCAGUGCGAUGAGUUGAUAUAUCAUAUUCGGAGUAGGGCCGGGUUGAUCAUGAAUCACCGAAGUGUAGAAUGGAUAUUGGAACAAGUGUCUCUUCAAUAUAUUUCAACUCAACCCAUAUAGUAGUUGCAUAAGAACACUGCUGGGACAUCUAGUGGUAGAAUAUGCCAACAGUGGGGGCGGGGUAUAUGAUUCAGUUUUCAAACCCGUCGACUACUUCUUUCAAUUCCCACUAGCCCUCCCGGCACCAACAUCACCACCAACAAGAAAAGCAAAAGCAAAAGCUAAAAUGUCCCUCCAAUACUCCAUCCAACGUAUCCCCACCCACUCCCACUCCCCAUCCACAGACCCAACCCUCCUCUUCUUCCUCGCCGGCAAAUUUUCCGCCCUCCGUCUCUCCGCCCUCCUCGAAUCCCCUGAAUCCUUCGCCUCCACCUUCGAGCAGGAAUACCAAUUCACCUCUUCCACCUGGCUAACGCGUCUCUCGCGUCCCAAAUUCCACUACUUCAUCGCGACCGCCCAUUUCCACUCCCCAUCCACACCACUUUCAUCCCAUACCCUCGAAACCGGUGUUUCUGUCGGGAGCGUGCAACUCUUCGGACCUCACCCCUCAUCAUUUUUCACUCUCCCACUAAGUGGAGCUCCGCCCCCUUUACCCGAUACCGAGGAAUUCAAAUAUCAAAUGAUAGCUCUAUAUAGCUCACCCUUACAUCGCGGAAAAGGACUCGCUAAAAUGUUGAUUCAAGGGGGGAUAGAUACUGCGAAGCAAGAAGCGAAUGAAAAGGGGAUAGAAAAAGUGAGGGUACGAAUUUUUAUUGGUCGGAGGAAUUUGACGGUUAGAAAAUUAUACCUCAGUGUUGGAUUUGUGGAGACGGGUUUGUGUACGUUGGCUGAAGCGGUGGUGCAAAAUGGUGAUGCGGAGAUUUUACCGGAGGAUGGUGGAGCUGGGGAUCCUGAGAAGUGGUUGAAAAGGGCGGCGUUGGUUAUGGAGUGGGCUGGAUAGAAUUUAUCAUGGCGGGCAUGUAUGAUACGUUUCUAAAUAUUCUCUAGAUGUAAAUUACUAUUCAACAGAUUUCUCUC